CUUGUUACAGUAUUCUUCUGCAAAAUAUUCAUGGAUUCGAAGUUGCAUCUUCAGGAUGAUGAAAAAGAUGCAGGAAAUGACUCAUGUGACCCAAGUCUAAGGUUGGAUACCUAUGACAAUGGGCCAGCCCAACCUCAACCAAAUCCUCAACAGUACCCCCCUAUUUCAUCCCAUGGUUCCUCUCAAUACUUCCAUCCUUCUUUCCCUCAGGCACCAAACACCUUCACUGGUCCUAAGUUUCUUGUUCCUGGCUAUCUUGACCCCAUGAACAACUGCUUCAUUCCAUCCCCCACUGCGCCUGUGCUGCCCUCCAUGAAUAGUUACCCUGUUGGUGGUUUGGGUCAAAACUAUCAUCCAUAUCAACAUAUGGAUGCCAGUUCUUCUGACUCAACAAAAAGAUGUGCUCACUGCAGAAGUGCUUAUACCCCAAUGUGGCGCCGAGGGCCACAAGGCCCCCGGUCCCUUUGCAAUGCCUGCGGGCUCAGGAACAGAAAAGAAGAGGAGAGAAAGAAAGCCGAAGAUCGGCUCAAUCAGCCAAGAAACUAAUGGGGGAGAGCUCUCUUCUAAAUGAACCUAGAUGUCAUAUGUUUUCAAGUAAGGAGGUUGAGGUUGAGGUUUGAGAAUAAAGAGUCCUGGUCCAUAUUGGUGGCAAUUUUAGGAGCAGUAGAGCAGUUGGCUCGAGAUUGGUCGAACUUGAAGUGUGGUUCUUUUGUUUAGAUGUCAUUAAUUUCUUUUCAGUUGGUUUACUUUCUAUAUGCAGUGUUGUUGAGUUGUACAUAGACCAUGUGUCUAUGUACAAAGUUUCUGUUUGUGUUCUGCAGUAGUUUGGACAUUGUUGGUCAAUUAUUAGAAAACUAUAAUCUAUAUGUUUAUUUAUUAGUUAUC